AUGCUGAUCCCAAAGGAAAUCAUCGAGAAAAAGGAUUUUUCUCUCUUCCAAGCACCCCUCGUGUCACCUUCAUCUCCUGUCACCCCUCGUGUCACCUUCAUCUCCUGUCACCCCUCGUGUCACCUUCAUCUCCUACCACCCCUCGUGUCACCUUCAUCUCCUACCACAUCUCGUGUCACCUUCAUCUCCUACCAUCCCUCAUGUCACCUUCAUCCUCUACCUCCCCUCGUGUCACCUUCAUCUCGUACUACCCCUCGUGUCACCUUCAUCUCCUACCAUCCCUCGUGUCACCUUCAUCUCCUACCUCCCCUCGUGUCACCUUCAUCUCCUGUCACCACUCGUGUCACCUUCAUCUCCUACCUCCGCUCGUGUCACCUUCAUCUCCCACCACCCCUCGUGUCACCUUCAUCUCCCACCACCCCUCGUGUCACCUUCAUCUCCCACCACCCCUCGUGUCACCUUCAUCUCCUACCUCCGCUCGUGUCACCUUCAUCUCCUACCUCCCCUCGUGUCACCUUCAUCUCCUACCAUCCCUCGUGUCACCUUCAUCUCCCACCACCCCUCGUGUCACCUUCAUCUCCCACCACCCCUCAUGUCACCUUCAUCUCCUACCAUCCCUCGUGUCACCUUCAUCUCCCACCACCCCUCGUGUCACCUUCAUCUCCCACCACCCCUCGUGUCACCUUCAUCUCCUACCAUCCCUCGUGUCACCUUCAUCCUCUACCUCCGCUCGUGUCACCUUCAUCUCCUACCACCCCUCGUGUCACCUUCAUCUCCUACCACCCCUCGUGUCACCUUCAUCCUCUACCUCCCCUCGUGUCACCUUCAUCACCUACCACCCCUCGUGUCACCUUCAUCUCCUACCACCCCUCGUGUCACCUUCAUCUCCCACCACCCCUCGUGUCACCUUCAUCCUCUACCUCCCCUCGUGUCACCUUCAUCUCCAACCAUCCCUCGUGUCACCUUCAUCACCUACCUCCCCUCGUGUCACCUUCAUCUCCUACCACCCCUCGUGUCACCUUCAUCUCCUACCACCCCUCGUGUCACCUUCAUCCUCUACCUCCCCUCGUGUCACCUUCAUCACCUACCACCCCUCGUGUCACCUUCAUCUCCUACCACCCCUCGUGUCACCUUCAUCUCCCACCACCCCUCGUGUCACCUUCAUCCUCUACCUCCCCUCGUGUCACCUUCACCUCCUACCAUCCCUCGUGUAACCUUCAUCUCCUACCUCCCCUCGUGUCACCUUCAUCUCCGACCUCCCCUCGUGUAACCUUCAUCUCCUGCCACCCCUCGUGUCACCUUCAUCUCCCACCAUCCCUCGUGUCACCUUCAUCUCCUACCUCCCCUCGUGUCACCUUCAUCUCCGACCUCCCCUCGUGUCACCUUCAUCUCCGACCUCCCCUCGUGUCACCUUCAUCUUCUACCUCACCUCGUGUCACCUUCAUCUCGUACUACCCCUCGUGUCACCUUCAUCUCCUGUCACCCCUCGAGUCUCCUUCAUCUCCUACCAUUCCUCGUGUCACCUUCAUCCUCUACCUCCCCUCGUGUCAACUUCAUAUCCUACCUCCCCUCGUGUCACCUUCAUCGCCUACCAUUCCUCGUGUCACCUUCAUCUCCUAG